CAACAGUAAAGGGUGAGGGUGGAGGUGGGGUAGGGACACACGGAACAAGGAACCCAAUUUCACCAUUAUGGAGGCAGCAGCCACCAUGGUGAGCCUCCACCUUUAACUUGGCUUGAAAACUCAGUAACUUCAGUCAGACCUGCCAGAUCCCAUCAUGAGUAUCACUUGCUUUCAACUACUGGCCUGUCUUGGCCUUGCCAUUACUGCUAAAGGGAAGAACUGUGGCCUUGCUGGAGAAGUGGAAAAUGGACAUAUUGAUUACUCUGAGGGGACUGAGUUUGGUGCUAAAAUUGUGAUCACUUGCAACACUGGUCACAGAUUGGUUGGUAAAUGUGAAAUCCUUUGUGGAGACAAAGGGUGGAUGAACAGGUUGCCUGUAUGUGAAGAGGUGACUUGUAAUGUGCCACCUACCAUUGCAGAUGGUACUUUCAGUCCAAACAAAGAAGUCUAUGGGUACGGAGAAGUUGUACAAUACAGCUGUCAAAAAGAUCUGACACUCAGUGGAACAAAAUCAGUAUCAUGUUCAGAUGAUGGAACAUUUAAGCCUGAUCCUCCGACAUGCAUCAUGGUUCAGUGUAAAGAUCCUGAUGUUGAAAAUGCUGAAUGGUUUGAUGGUUCUCGACCCCCUUAUUAAUACAAGGCUACAGUGAUGUUCCGUCAAAGAUCUGGAUAUACUAUGAAAGGGGAGUCUACGCAGAUAUGUAAAAUAAACUGUCAGUGGUCACCUGGACUUCCAAAAGUUAAAAAAUUUCAGGAUGAAUCCUUAAAAUAAACUACAU